GUUGGCAGCUGCCUCCUGAAUGGAGCGUGUCCCAGUGGGCCACUGACAGCCAGUUACCUGCUUGUUAUUGUUUAUCUCCGCACCCUGCCUCUUCCAGGUGGCCAGAGAGGGACGGAGGGGAGGCAGGAGACUGGAAGGAGGAGUGGGGAGCAAGGAGUUAAUAGCAGGACGACUUGUGGCUCCGACUCGGAACUCGGCCCCGUGCCUCGCUGGGUGAGGAGCAGGGCUGCUGAGAGCCGGCUGCCCCCCGGGCCACUGCUUUACCUGGCAGCAACAUGAGUGGGUGGCCGCAGCCCCGGAGACCCGGGCUCCAGCUCUGCGGGAAAGAGGGGGGAGCCUCUAUCCCAGGGAACUUCCUCCCGGGGCUGUGAGAAUGAAGCCAGUGCCCUGGCUCCGGGGAUGGCGAGCUGAAUGAUUGCGGGCUCCCCGGUGCCUCACUGCAGCUCGGGAUGGAGGGGCCGGAGACCCAGGAUGGGCUCAGUCCAGACCAAGUGGAAAGAUGCAUCAGUUCAAUGCAGGCCGGGACUCAGAUGGUCAAGCUUCGAGGUGGCUCCAAGGGCUUGGUUCGCUUUUACUAUCUGGACGAGCACAAGUCGUGCAUCCGCUGGCGGCCAUCGCGGAAGAAUGAGAAGGCCAAGAUCUCCAUUGAUUCUGUCCAGGAAGUAUGUGAAGGAAAGCAGUCAGAGAUUUUCCAGCGCUAUGCAGAUGGGAGCUUUGACCCCAACUGCUGCUUCAGCAUCUACUAUGGGGACCACAUGGAGUCUCUGGACCUUGUGUCCUCCAACGGAGAAGAAGCUCGAACCUGGAUCACAGGCCUCCGGUACCUGAUGGCAGGAAUCAGCGACGAGGACAGUUUGUCCAAACGCCAGAGAACUCCCUCAAAGUGGCUGAAGCAGACGUUUGAUGAGGCAGAUAAGAAUGGGGACGGCAGCCUGAGCAUUAACGAAGUCCUCCAGCUCCUUCAUAAGCUGAAUGUGAACCUUCCGCGGCAGAAGGUGAAACAGAUGUUCAAGGAGGCUGACACAGAUGACAACCAGGGUACUCUGGGCUUUGAUGAGUUCUGCGCCUUUUACAAGAUGAUGUCCACCCGCAGAGAUCUCUACCUGCUCAUGCUCACCUACAGCAACCACAAGGACCACUUGGACACAGAGGAUUUGAAGCGCUUCCUGGAAGUGGAGCAGAAGAUGACGGAUGUGACCAAGGAGUACUGCCUGAAUAUCAUCGACCAGUUUGAGCCAUGCCUGGAGAACAAGAGUAAGGAGGUGCUCGGGAUUGACGGUUUUACUAACUAUACCAGGAGUCCAGAAGGAGACAUCUUCAACCCCAAGCACUACCAAGUGAACCAAGACAUGACCUACCCGCUAAGUUACUACUUUAUCACCUCUUCCCAUAAUACCUACCUCAUUGGGGACCAGCUCAUGUCCCAGUCUCGGGUAGACAUGUACUCGUGGGUCCUACAGGCUGGCUGCCGCUGUGUGGAAGUGGACUGUUGGGAUGGACCAGAUGGAGAGCCCAUCGUGCACCACGGUUAUACCUUGACCUCCAAGAUCCUCUUUAAAGAUGUCAUUGAGACGAUCAACAAAUACGCCUUCAUCAAAAAUGAGUAUCCAGUGAUCCUGUCCAUCGAGAACCACUGCAGUGUCCUUCAGCAGAAGAAGAUGGCGCAGUACCUGAUUGACAUCCUAGGGGACAAACUGGACUUGUCAACAGUGAGCAGUGAGGAAGAUUCGACCACUCUUCCAUCUCCUGAGAAGCUGAAGGGCAAGAUCUUAGUGAAGGGAAAGAAACUCCCAGCUAAUAUCAGUGAAGAUGCAGAAGAGGGGGAUGUAUCAGAUGAAGACAGCGCUGAUGAAAUUGAUGAUGACUGUAAGCUCAUGAAUGGAGAUGCUUCCACCAAUCGGAAACGAGUGGAAAACAUCGCCAAGAAGAAACUGGACUCGCUGAUAAAGGAAUCCAAAAUCCGAGACUGUGAAGAUCCCAAUAAUUUUACUGUCUCCACGCUGCCGUCCGGGAAGCUUGGCCAAAAGGCCGAAGGCAAGAAGAAAUUUGCUUCUCUGGGUGCCUCAGCCACAGACAAAUCUAUGAGCAAAGCUGAAGAAGACACAGAAUCCGGGGAGGACCUGAGCGGCAGCAAGCGAAACAGCCGAUUGCUGAUGAGCAGCUUCUCCAAACGAAAGAAGAAAGGCAGCAAGUUAAAGAAGACUUCCAGCAUAGAAGAAGGCGAUGAUGAUUUGGACUCCCAAGGAAGCCAGAGCAAAGGGAUAAACCGGCAGAAGAAGACCAUGAAACUGUCCAGGGCUCUCUCCGAUCUGGUGAAGUACACCAAGUCUGUCGGCAUCCACGACGUGGAAACUGAGAUCUCCUCCAGUUGGCAAGUAUCAUCUUUUAGUGAAACUAAGGCCCACCAGAUUCUACAGCAGAAGCCAGCCCACUAUCUGCGUUUCAACCAGCACCAGCUCUCCCGGAUCUACCCAUCCUCUUACCGGGUAGACUCAAGUAACUACAACCCCCAGCCCUUCUGGAACGCUGGAUGUCAGAUGGUUGCCCUCAACUACCAGUCAGAGGGAAGGAUGCUCCAGCUGAACCGUGCCAAGUUCAAUGCCAACGGGAACUGCGGCUACGUCCUCAAGCCCCAGUGCAUGUGUCAAGGUAUCUUCAAUCCCAACUCUGAAGACCCUCUCCCAGGGCAGCUGAAGAAACAGCUGAUACUCCGGAUAAUCAGUGGGCAGCAGCUCCCCAAACCACGGGACUCCAUGUUGGGUGACCGAGGAGAGAUUAUCGACCCUUUUGUGGAAGUUGAGAUCAUUGGAUUACCUGUGGACUGUAACAAGGAGCAGACCCGGGUCGUAGAUGAUAAUGGAUUUAACCCGAUGUGGGAAGAGACCCUGGUGUUCACGGUGCACAUGCCGGAGAUUGCACUGGUCCGAUUCCUGGUCUGGGACCAUGACCCCAUCGGGCGGGACUUCAUCGGACAGAGGACGCUGGCCUUCAACAGCAUGAUGCCAGGUUAUCGACACGUCUACCUGGAAGGGAUGGAAGAGGCCUCCAUCUUUGUUCACGUAGCUAUCAAUGACAUCUCGGGUAAGGUCAAACAGGCUUUGGGCUUAAAAGGCCUGUUUCUCAGAAAUCCAAAGCAGGCGUCCCUGGACAGUCAUGCUGCUGGGCAGUUCCACAACAGACCCUCCAUUAGCGGGCAGCUCCUGAGGCGCACGGCUAGCGCGCCCACCAAGAGCCAGAAGAAGAACAAAAAGGGCUUUCCCGAACUCACCAUGGACACCAAAGAGCACGGCUCGGAGGCGGCCGGCGAGGACACCUCCCAGCCUCGCUUUGACUCGGAGCCGGAGAGCGCGGCCCUGGUCCCCGGAGCCCUCGGUGAGGGGCCAGGCCGAGGGCCCAAAGAUGGCCGCCCGUUCUCCAUCCAGAGAUCUGUCUCGUCUUUGUACAGCCUCGAAACCAUUGCGGAGGAGCCGCUCGUUGCCAAGGAAACACCAUCCCCAGCUCCCUGCCCCCCUCUGCCCCCCGCCCCCAUCAGCGACUCCGACGGAGGGUCCCAUGGCUCAGCAGGCUCGGGCUCUGACACCCCUCUGAGCUCCCCCUCCCCGGGUGGGCCAAGGACCAACGGCCCCGGGGGAUUAACAGCUCCGGGGCCCCACCCCACUGAAGGAAGGCCUGAGGGCGGAGAACGGGAGUCCCGGAGGGCACUGCCCACGUCCCCGGCAGGGCAGGCCUUCCUUCCGCACCCCUCCCCCUGUGCGGAGGAGCCGGAUGGAGCGGCUCAGCGGGCAGAGCGCACAGGUGACCCCCCGGCUCCCCGCCGGCCUGUGGGUUCCGUCCCCCUGAGCAUCUCCCCGACCCCAGCUUGGGUCCUGGUCGCCCGGCCAACCGUGGUGAGGAGGGCCAAGAGCGAAGGGCUGGUGGUUGACCACCUGGUGGUGCGGCGCGCCCCGCCUGGCCAGUCCCCCGCGGCCUUCAUCUACUCGGACGCCACGGGCAGCGACCAGCUUUGGAGCAAGUUGGAGCCGGGCAGCCACCGGGACAGCAUGUCCUCCUCCUCCAGCAUGUCCUCCAACGACACCGUCAUUGACCUCUCGAUGCCCAACCUGGUGAGGAAGAGCCUGCCCAACCUGGGGAGCCUCGCGGGCAGCCGGGAGAAGCUGGGGGGGCUGGCGGCACACCAGAGCCCCUGGCCCCACUCGGCCGCCUCGGGCGGCUCCGACCUGCCCCUCGUGACCAAGAGCAAGUCCAAUCCCAACCUGAGGGCGGGGAUGGCACUCCCGCCGGCCCCAGACGAGCUGCAGCCCCGGCCCCUGGCCCGGAGGCCCGAGGACGCCCUGGCCUCCCUCCGCCGCAGGCCCACGUGGAGCCGCCUGUAUAUGGAGGGCCUCCGGGCAGAGGGGGCCUGCCUGCGGCCCCGAGCUCAAGACGCCGGGGCUGCGGCCAAGUCCAAGAGCUUGGGCGACCUCACGUCCGACGACUUCGCCCCGGGCUUCGAGAGCACCUACCGGAGCAUCAGCCGCAGCUUCGGCCCCCGCGCGGCUCCCGCCGCCGGGCCGGGGCGGCCCCCGGGGGCCAGGCUUCAGGCCGGACCCCGGGACGAGCUGACGGAGCAGCUGAGGAGGCUGACGGGCUUCCAGCAGGCCGGGGACAUCACGUCCCCCACCAGCCUGGGGCCCGCGGAGGACGAGGACGAGGAUGAGGGCGCCGCGGCCCCAGCCGGCCCGGGUCCCGGCUUCCUCCGCCGAUCUUCCUCUCGGAGCCAGAGCAGGGUGCGCUACAUCGCCACGAGGGCCCGGCAGGCCCAGGAGAGGCAGCGGCUGCAGGGGCUGGGGGUCCAGGGCCCCCUGGAGGAGCGGGGCAACCCCGAAGGGGCCUGCUCCGUGAGCAGAGAGGCCUGUGUGGACUCUCUGGCCCGGUUGAUACCCCCAUCCAAGCUCGCCCCGGACCUCCUCCAGGAUUCGCACUCAGGCCCCGUUCUCUUGAAACUUUAAGCCCAGCAGAACUUGGGAGGGGGGAAGGAGAGAAAGCACUUGGCUUUGAGCUGCAAAGACCGAGAAGGGUUCUUCCUCGCGCGGGUCCCGCCCGCCCGUCACUCGGCCCUUCUCUGGGCUCAGUCUGGGGCUGAGUGGGCGGGUCCGGAACCCGUCCCUCCCGCCUAGCCGAGGCUCGGCCUUCUCUGUUUCCACCGCCCCGGUUUCUCCGUCCAACCUGCCCAGCCCCCGUGCCCCGGCCCCUGGCUGCAAUCCCGCAUGCUAGCACUCCCCCUCCCCAAACCCGGGCUGGCCUGGGGCCCGGCCCGGCUCGCCCACCCCCAGAAUUUGCCAGCUCCCCAGGCCUCGGAGGUGCUCAUGCUGCAGUCAAAGCAGGAGGGGGGAGGACGUGGGGCUCUAGACCUCUCCCACUGCCCCCCCCCCGGGGGGGGCAGCCGCCCUCCAGCUCAAAUACGUGGAGGGUUUGGGCUGGGGGGAUGCUCCCCACAACGCUGCUGUACAUAGCGCAUGGAGGGGAAGCCCUCCGUGCUUGCACUGCCACGCCAGGGUUUUCAUGUGUUUUAAAAUGAAAUUAUAUACAUAUAUAUAUUUAAAUUUUUAGACUCACAUAUAGAAUACGAGCAAAGUUAUCCAAAAUGAUCCUUCUCCGUUUUUAACCUUUGUUUUUAGCUUCAUGUGUAUGUACUUACACAUGCAUGUGUAUGUGUAGUGUGUGUGUGUGUGUGUGUG